AUGGACAAGGUUACGAAAUGGUGGGACUCUUGUCGCGCAGAUAAUUUGGGAAAGCAUGCCAAGUGUCUGAUCGAAUCCGCUACAGAAACUUUGCAGAACAAUGACAAAAUGACGGGCGUGUACGCCGCGACAACAGCUCUCGGGGCUUUGAUAUUCCUAUUGGUGCUGAGACCGCUGAACAGAAGGUUUACGGACAAGAAAGAAAACAAAAAGAAGAACAAGCGUGGUGGUAAAAAAAAAUCCACAGGCUUGUCAGCCAAGAAGGCUGAAAAACCCGUUACAUUGGAAGAGCAGAUCGAAAACGUCUACAAGCGGUAUUUGGCAGAAUAUAAGCAAGGCUUGGACGCACUGGUAGCGGAUUUCGAUCCCAAAUCGGAGAAACAGCAAUAUCAAUUGAACUACUACAACGAGAUGCUACUGAAGCUGGUAAUCGAGCUUGAUGGCGUGGAUCUGGUCGACUUGGAAGGCGAUCGCAAGAUCGCUUUGAAAGACAGACGCAAAUGUGUUAUCCGGGAAAUCCAAACGGACCUCAAGAGACUCGACUCACUCAAGAAAUUGUCUCAUUAG